CGGCGCUCGCUCCUUUCGAGUUCGGAGAGAAGUGCGAGGCGCAAUCGAUCGAAGCAAGAAGCAUAUCUCGGCCGGGGAGCCCCGAUCGGCGUCGGAGAUGACGGUGUUCGCCCACUGGGGCGGGAGAGGAGCCGCGGCGAAGGCGGCGCAGCAGAUGAUUCCGUUUGCCGACUACGGCUCGGAGGCGUCGCAGCGGCUGGUGGAGGCGGCGCACCUCGGGGACUCGGUGGCCGCGUCGGAGUGCCUCGUGGACCCGGCGGCGGACGUGAACUACGCCGGCGCGGUGUGCUUGCGGGCGCGGCGCGCCGUGGUGGCCCUCCGCGAGGAGGCCGCCGAUGAGGUCCGGGUGGAGUUCGAGGAGCUCCGCACCGACGCUUCCGCCCUCUUCCUCGCCUCCCACGCCGGCGAUCUUGCCCUCGUCCGCUUGCUCCUGGAAAAAGGCGCCGACGUGAAUCAGAAGCUGUUUCGAGGACACGCGAUAACGGCAGCGGUGAGGGAGGGGCAGGCGGAGGUGGCGGCCUUGCUGCUGAAGGCCGGGGCGUCGCAGCACGCCUGCGAGGAGGCGGUGAUGGAGGCCAGCCUGCACGGGAGGGCGCGGCUCGCGGAGCUUCUCAUGGGAUCGGAUCUCGUGCGUCCCCCCGUCGCCGCCCAUGCGCUCGCCUUGGCCGCCUCCCGAGGGUUCGUCGACGUCGUCGACACCCUCAUCGAGUGUGGAGCGGAUCCGAAUGCAACAUCUCGUUUGCUGCUCCGCUCGCUGAAACCAUCCCUGCACACCCACGUUGACUGCACCGCCCUCAUCGCCGCUAUCGUCGGCCGUCAGGCUGCCGCCGUCCGGCGGUUGUUGCAGGCCGGCGUGCGGGAGGACGCGAAGGUGAGACUGGGUGCGUGGUCGUGGGACGCCGACACUGGUGAGGAGUUCCGCGUUGGAGCCGGGCUGGCCGAGCCCUACAGCGUCGCCUGGUGCGCCGUCGAGUACUUCGAGUCCACCGGCACCAUUCUCCGCAUGCUCCUGCAGCAUCACUCUCCCAACGCGCCUCAUCACGGCCGGACCCUCCUCCACCACGCCAUCCUCUGCGCCAAUCCUCGAGCUGUCGACACCCUCUUGGCACGCGGAGCCGACUGCGAGCUCCCCGUCAGGACCAGCAGGAAGAUCGAGUUCCGGCCGAUCCACAUGGCUGCUCGACUCGGCCUGGCCUCUGUUCUGCAGAUCUUGAUCGACAAAGGGUGCGACCUGAACCCCAGAACUGACACCGGAGAGACGGCAUUGAUGCUAUGUGCACGCUACAAACGUGAUGAAUGCCUCAGAAUUCUCGUAUCGGCUGGUGCCGAUCUCGGCCUGGUGAGCUCGGCUGGUGUGUCUGCCGCUACGGUCGCUGCUUCCGGCCAUUGGAGCUUCAGUUUCCAGCAUGCAGUUCUCGACACGAUUCGGCAGGGAACCUUUCCUCGAUCAAGUGAUCGAAACGUCUUCUCCCCGAUCAUGUUCGCGGCCCAGUGCGGCGAUGUUGGGUCCUUGGAGGUGCUACUGACGCGACCAGACAUCGACGUGGACGAGCAGGAUGAGAACGGGCAGUCCCCUGUCAUGGCGGCCGCCGGAGAAGGCCACGUGAAUGCGUUCCGCGUCUUGCUCGUCGCCGGCGCCAACAUGAAGCUGCGCAACAAAUCAGGGGAGACGGCCGUCGAGCUUUCUCGGUCGAACGAGAACCGGGAUCUUUUCGAGCAGGCGAUGCUCGAGUUCACUCUCGAGAGAGGCAACGCCGGAGGGUUCCACGCUCUGCACUUUGCCGCUCGGCGGGGAAACAUGGCCGCAGUGCAUCUCCUGAUCAAGAGGGGGAGCGACGUGGACGCCAUCGACGGAGACGGGUGCACUCCGCUGAUGCUGGCAGCGAGGGAAGGCCACGCAGAAACAUGCGAGUUCUUGAUCCUCCGCGGUGCCAAGUGCGACAUCAUGACGCGCAGAGGCGAGACGGCCCUCUCGCUCGCGAGGUCGAACGCGAAGCUGGGCAUGGAAGCCGAGAACGUGAUACUGGAUGAGCUCGCCCGUGCGCUGGUCCUGCAUGGCGGCCGCGUCAAGAAGCACACCGAGUGCGGGAAGGGGUCGCCACACAAGAAGGUGCUGAGGAUGGAGGCGGCGGCGGGGGUGCUACGGUGGGGCAAGGCGAGCCACAGGAAUGUGGUGUGCACGGAGGCGGCAGUGGGCGGGAGCUCAGCGUUCCAGAAGAACAGGAAAGGAAAGGCCGACGCGAACGAGGCGGGGCUGUUCCGGGUGGUGACCACCGGGAUGAAGGAGGUGCACUUUGUGUGCGAAGGUGGAGAGGAGGUGGCCGAGCUAUGGGUGAGGGGGAUCAGCCUGGUGACGAGGGCAGCAUUCGGUGGUAAGUGAGGAUGACAUGUGCAAGGUGUUUGUGAAAAUGAAGUUGUAAGUAGUAGAAAGGGUGGUAGUGUCGGCUCUCCGUUUUCUCUCUUUCCACUAUAAGCUUAUAACGCUGCAUAGUUUCCUUGGAUCAA